AUGGUUGAGGAUAACAUACAUGUGAUUCAGAAUGACCCCCUCAUAAUCGUAGAUAAAUUCCCCUACACCAGGAAGAAGGAAAGAGUCACAGAAGAAGAAGAGAAAGAAGAAGAAAAAAAAAUCACGAAGAUAUAUUUCUUGACUCAUUUCCACGCCGAUCAUUACAGCAACAUAAAUAAAUACUUCCACGAGAACGUUUUCUCGUCUACCAUAACGAAAAAGUUGUUAACAAACAUAAUUGGAGUAAAUGAAAAAUAUAUACACAAUUUAAAAAUUAAUAAGAAUUACCAUCUUUUCAAUUUCGAAAUAAUUUUUAUCGACGCAAAUCAUUGUCCUGGAUCUGUAAUUAUCUAUUUUGAAUUUGCAAAUGGAACAAAAAUUAUACACACAGGCGAUUUCCGCUAUUCCAAUGUUCAUACCUUUUUGAUAAAAAAAGUGUUAAGUUGUAAAGGGAAUGAAAAAAAUAGAGAACACAAAAUGGAAAUGUUGAGUGCUACAAAAUCUGAGGAACAAACCAACAAAGGGGAGUUAUCCACCAGGAUGAAGACGAGCUUUUCCUGGAAGGGCAAUCCAUACAACAUCCAUUUUUGUAGUGAACAUUUAAAUAUCUAUAAAAGAAAAACAUACAUUGUAAAUUUUGAAGAAUUUAGAAUAGCUUAUUUAAAAAAUGUUGAAGAUUUAAUUUGGGGACUUAAAUCUGUGGGAAAAGAAUUUUAUUUGUAUGAUUCCAUUGAAAAGGAAAAUUACUUUAACUUUUUUAUUUAUGUAGAUUUGUCUCUAUAUUUUAAUCAGAACGAAGUGGACAUUUUGCUUCUGUAUGAUGGCAAUAAAAGGCUAAAUGAGAAUUUGGUAAUUAACGAGGAAAACGUAAAGAAUAUUCGCUUUGUCGUGAUCUCUGAUAGAGAAAAGUUAGAAAAUGGAACCAAUCCCAACGGAACGAACUCCUCAGUUUUGGUGAAAAGGGAGUUGCUUCACCAUUUGUCUGAUAAGACCGUGUUGAAUCUUAGUAGAGGAAAUGGAGUCAAGUGCGAUAAGACGAAUGGAGAACACGGAAAGGUAAAAAAGGAAGAAGACAUCAACGUGAACGAGUCGAAGUUUACACAUGAGCAUGUCACUGAAGAAGGGAAGACGAUGGUAAAAGCGAAAAAAGAAAGCAUGAAUGAUCUCAUCAAGCUGGAAGAUAGUCAAGGUGGGCAAAAAAUAAAUGCCCCUUGUGAAGUGAACGAAUCGGAAGAAGACUCAAAUUAUAUAAGGACCAUUUACCUGGACACAACGUAUGCCCUGUCGAAAAAUAAUUUGUUCGCGCCGCAGAUGUAUUUGAUUAAUUUUAUUAUUUAUAUAUGUAAGAAGAAAGUGAGAGAAGAUUCCACCGAAGCGGUGAGCGCCGCGGUAGAGGCGGGGGAGAAGCACAAGGCUAACCUUGCUAGGACGGGCAAACGAACCCGCGUGCAUAAAUAUAAGGACGAGGGAUGGGGAGGCAAAGUGGGUAGAAGAAACAGCGAUGAAAAGAAGGGGACAACCACACAUGGCGUGGAAAAGAGCGAAGACAAUGGAGCGGAGGGUGGAGAUGAAAAGGGAUUAGGGGGAGAAGGGAAUUCCCCCAAAAAAACUCUAUUCAUGUUUGGAACCUACAACCUGGGGAAGGAAAAAAUUUACCUAAGCGUAUCCGAGGCGUGCAACAUGAAAAUACAUUUUAGGAAUGAAAAAAAAAAACCAUAAAAUUGAAAAAAAUAAAUUUAAAAAUUUAAUAGACGAAGAAAUCGAAAAAGAAUUUGAUUCUUUCUAUUAUAUUAUCCCCACAGGAUGGGUGAAAAAAUAUUCCUUCUAUCAAAAAAAUGAAAUCUCCAUUUUUUUAAUCCCAUAUAGUGAACAUUCGAAUUUAUCAGAAUUGGAAAGCUUUGUAAAAUCUAUCAAGCCUUGUAAUAUAAUCCCUACUGUGUUUUCUAACCCGAAGGAAAAGACGAGGAUCCUAAACAUCUUCAACUCGUGCUUGAACCUACAGCGGGAAGUGCUCAAUUUUUUAAAAAUAUCUGAUGAGCGUUGUUUGGUCAGGAAUAAAAAAAUAUCCAAAAGGGGUGAAAAAACGAAUUACACGCAGAAACAAAUUGUAAGGGGUAAUAUUGGGGCGGGAAAAAAUUCCAAUGAUAGCAACCAACCCAAGUUAACGUCGUUUUUUCCGUUCAUAAAAAGGAAGAAGCGGUGA